CAAAAUGGCUCGUUUCUCAUUUUCAUCAAUGUUGCUUUUGCUGCUGGUUUCUCAUCCUGUCUUCAACUUCUUCAACACAAACUCCAGCCUACAGGAAACUCAUAUAUUGACGGUGGACUGUGCUAUUGCACCUCCUGCGAUGAUGGGGGCUCAAUAUCUUGCCCAACCAAUCGCUCGUCAUAAAACCCAGACAACUCAUGAUUAUACUUUGUCAAUUGUUCGAGUAUAUCAAGGUGUUGGUCAACCCCCAAUGGAUCCUUCUCAAACCAAGAGUGCUAGUAGUGCCUAUGCAGUGUCAGAUCUCGUAAAACGCUGUCUUAUAUCGGUGCUCAUCCUCAUUCUUAUUCUAAUAGGGUUGGUUCAGUUGAUCUGUGCCAUUAAGGGACGAAACACAACGCCUCCAUUAGCAACGCCCAUUUUCCAAGUCAUGAACAUGCAUCAACCUGAUUUUGAGCUACCAAGCAAUGUCCUUGUCUUGCAGCGGGCUCCUUUGGCUGCUCAACAUUCCCAUGGCAAUGCUUUCAACCUUGAUGCCGAGGUUGAUGUUCAAGUGGACUAACUAAUGAGCCCGUAACUCCUUACUCACAUAGACACUGUUGAAACUAUGCAUGGGGUAUGUCUUCAUAAAUCUCUAGCCAGAUGGUAUGUGUUCAUGGGUAUUCCGUAUUCAUAGGUACUUGAAUAUUGUAAGAAUUGAUCGAUGUUUCAAUAUGAGAUUAUGAAUAAAUUAAGUAUAAACAGACUUGUUUCAAUGAUAAUUUUGUCCAUACAUACAGUACUGAAUG